AUGGGGAACGAGACGGACCGACUUUCAUUGUUGGCAAUCAAGGCCAAAAUAGUUGAUGAUCCACUCCAUGCUUUGAGCCCCUGGAAUGAUUCCAUCCACUUCUGCCAAUGGCAGGGUGUUAUGUGCGGCCGCAAGCAUCAGAGGGUCAUUGCCUUGGACUUACAGUCUUCGGAACUGGUCGGAUCAAUAUCACCACACCUCGGGAAUUUAAGCUUUCUAAGGGAAGUACAGCUUCAGAACAAUAGCUUUGGCAAUGAAAUUCCCCCAGAAAUUGGUCAACAAGUUCCUGUGGAGCUCGGAUCCUUGUCAAAGCUCGAGACAAUAAUUAUAAGAAACAACAAUCUUACAAGGAGUAUAUCUCCUUUCGCGAAUUUGCCAUCUCUUUUAAUAUUGUCUUUAGCCAACAACUACUUUGACGGAAACAUUCCUGAUGGUUUUGGUCGAUUAAAGAAUCUUCAGGAGCUUAUACUUGGCAUAAACAGAUCAAUUCCGGUUUCAAUGUCAAAUGCAUCUCAACUCCAUUAUCUAUUAUUGCUUCAAAACAAACUUACUGGAAAGGUUCCUAAUUUAGCAAGGCUGCAAAACCUCCAGUGGCUAUGCAUUUGGGACAAUCAGCUUGGAUCUGGGGAAGCUGAUGACUUCAGCUUUAUGUUCUCUUUGAUCAAUGCUACCAAUUUACAACGUUUGGAAGUGAGUAUGAACAAUUUUAGCGGCAAGUUGCCAGAAUACAUUGGUAAUCUCUCGAGAAACCUUGAAUAUUUGUAUGUAGACCACAAUCAGAUAUUCGGAAGCAUUCCACCCGGGAUUGUAAAUCUUGUUGGCUUGCAGAGUUUGCUUAUGCAGGUUAAUCAAUUCACUAGUACUAUUCCAAUUGAGAUUGGAAAGGUUCAAAAUUUACACGAAUUAAUUCUCUACAUCAAUUCACUAGACCCUGAGACUCAAUUCUUGAAUAUGAAAGACUACCAAAUCACAUGA